UGCGGUUUCCUAAUACAUUUCGAUUUCGAUAAAAAUCUAUUUAUUUAAUAUUAUAUUGUAUAUGUUUAUUUUGAUAAAAAGAAUUUCCGGUUUAAUAAAAAGUAAAUUGUUUUUUUAAGCGUUUAAACGCCUAAACGCUAAAGGCCUUUAACGAAAAGUAAACGACGUUUUAACGCGUUUUUAAUUGAAAGUGUGUGCCUCAAGGCGUAUAAGUGUUUUUAAUUUCAAAUUUAUAUUAAAUUUUUCAAAUAAUAUAAAAUAAAAAAGGCGUUUUCCCGCUAUUUUGUAUGAAACAAGAAAAUAAAAUCUAUUGUAUUUAUUUGCAUCUAGUAAAGAGUUGUGUUGUGGAACAGAAAACUGCAAAAAAUCUGUAAUUUAAAACCAUUUGUUAUUCUAAUUGGAUUGACGUGUGUUUACACUCAAUAGCCAGCUACUAACUGUCCACAGUAGUACGUCAACAAAAACACACCAACUGCUUUAAAAUUUAUAUGCCAUUGUGUUCCAUUGACUUCCUCAAACAACCAGACUUUAUUUUACUAAUUUUCAAAGUAUUUUUACAAAAAAAAAAGUUUCUCACAUUAAACCAGCUAAAAAAGCUAACAAAAUAUAAAUAAAAAAAUCAAUACGUCUAAAAAUUGCUUUAAUCCUUUACGUGUUUAAAACGUGUUUCAAAGUGUGCGUGUUAUUUUUCCUUGUUUACAACGAAAAUAAAAUAUAUAGAAAACAUAAAAAGAAAAAUACACGUUUUAGUGCGGUUUCUAAGGUGACCAAUUUCAUCAAUUCAAUAAUAUUGGAACCACAAUAAAAACGUUUUACGUAAAAUAGAAAAAGUGCUACAACAAUUAGUCAACUUAAAUAAAAAUUUUCAUAUAUAUUUUCUCUAAAACGCAUUACAAAACACCGGAAAUUUUACCAGUUGUUCAAUUCAACCAACAACAAACGUCAGUCAAUAAUAUUCAACAGAUAUUUUCUUUUUGUAAAAAAAAAAAACAAAUAAAAACUACAAAAACCAAAAGAAAUAUUUCAAAAAUUUUUUCAUUUACUUUGGUGGGAUUAGUUCGCCAUUGAAUUUCUUUAAUGUCCAUCAGUACGCAACCUUAGUACUGUCCAAUCGUCGUGGCGACCACAAUUGCCCCUACCAAAAGAAGUUCAUCUCUCAAAUGAGAACAUCAAUCGUAAUCAUCACCUUCAGCAUUUGCAACCAGAAGACGACGACGUCGACAUCGACGAAAUACAAAUCAUCGACAGCGAUAUGGAACGAUUUCAUUUAAGUAGCAACAAUAAAAAAGACUCUUCCCUUAACGGUUCGCAACUCUCGAAUGCCAGUCACAAUGCCAAUAACUCGAAUAAGAAAUGGUCCUUUGGACGAUUCUUUCGUCGCAAGAAGGAAAUUGAAUCAGAAUCCUCGUCGGAAGAGGACCGUAAGGCUGGUUUUGUGCCCGCGCCAAAAUAUAAUCGCAGCGCUAGUAAUUCUGCGGCCGCCAUUACAUCAACGCCAAAUAAGAAAACCAAAUCAUCGAAAUCUGCUAGUCGUGGCAGUAAGUUAAUGAGCGGUAAUUUUGAUCAUGUCAUUGUGAGUCCCGGCAACAUGGGUAAUAGUUCACAGAAUUUAAGUUCGUCAUCAGUGCAACAUGUGGAUAAUGAAUUUUUCCUGCCCGUGGAAACUGUACCGGCUCAAGAGCCUUACUAUCAAAAUAAUGCUCAAGUGCAGGCGCCACAGCCGCAACAGCGUUUGCAUCAUUCUCAACAGUACCUGCCGCAUGUACCUCAAACGCAACAACAAAUGAUGAGUAGAUCUGCUCACUCUUUGGAUCGUAGAACGGCCCGGGCUAAACAGCGUUCGGCACAAAAGUUGGCCACAAAUGGUGUAACAGCUGCAGAGGUAGUAGGUUCCUCUUCGGAAGAGGAAAUAAUCUCUUUAAAUUCUACCACUUUUGCCAAAUACCGCAGUGAUGAAAGUAUUCACAGUGGCGGUCAGGCUCAUGCCAAUAAUGGCCAAAGUCGUAGAUCAAGGGCUGCACGCAAUGAACGUUACUACAAGCGUUUAUCGCGUGAUGGUGAGGUUAGUCACGGGCAGGUUCCCGUUAUGUAUGCUCAACAGCCUACUCAAAGAUGGAAGACGCAACCGGUGCCUUUGUCGAUUUAUCAGGCUCCCAAGCAGCAAGUGGCUGCACCACAACAACCUCAGCCUCAAAUGCGUUCUUCCGCCUCUCAAAACGGCCAAUACUCCAAAUUGCGUAAUACCAAUAGUUUGCAACAUAUGGCUCCAUACGUCCAAUGGAAUCAAAUGCAACAGCAGCAACCAAAGAAUUUACAAAACUCCGUCAAUGAUACUAAACGUAGCAUCAGCUAUGACAGUCAUAUACACUUGCAAAAUGCCAAUGGUAGAUUGCAAAAUAAACCCAUGCCGCCACCACCACCCCCUAGGGAUCCUUUAAGGAGGGUAAAUGUUAGUGGUCAUCUACAAGAUGGUAGUGCUGGUGAUUUGAGACCCUUGUCAUAUGCUUUUGAUCAAACAGGAGUGCCGGUCUUGCCCUCAUCGGGUUUGAAUGGCCGUUGUGUAUCGGAUGACAAGAUUUGGGCGCAACAGCCUCAUUAUCAAUCUAUACACUCGCUAAAUAUUACAUCUAAUCAGCAAAAUGCGGCUCCAGCAAAUCGUAGAUUCAUUACAAGAGCCGAAAGAGAUGCUCAACCGGGUAAGAAAUCUUUGCCCAAUGGUUUAGAUUUUCAUUAUGUUGCUGAUGCUACGCCACGCUCUCGCAAACCCAUACAUAUGCUGGAACCGAGCACAUUUGAGAAUGACAAUAAUGAACCCCAAUCGAAUGGCAUUUUACGCACCACUAAGAGUGGAUUGCCUAUUUCGCCUACUAAGACCAAUGCUACAGAAUUCUGGAAACGUUUGGAGGGUUCUGCCCAGAAUGUAAAUACACCCACGCCAGCACCACGUGGUCGAGACAUACAGCGUUCAACUGGUGUAGAGGUAACCAUGAAACCACGUUCUGUAUCUAGCUCCCGAGUGGGAGAAAUGAGAGCCUAUCAAGUGCCGAUGUAUUCUGAGGUUUAUAAGCCCAAAAAUAAAACUUCUCCUGUGCAAAAGACCACGUCCCCCUCGGCCACUGGCGCCGAUGAAGUGGAUAGUGUUAUAUGCGGAACUUUGCAUAUUAAACCUACUCAGGAUAGCAGCAAUAAUUAUGUGGAAAUACGUAACAAAGAUGGCAAUAAGGCCCAAUCCAUGCCCAAUCAUUAUCAUAGACGUUCAGGAGAAAUACCCACUACUCCUAAUAAAUAUGAGGAAUACGUAAAUGAACGCCGUGAGCAACAUCAUAAUCCCUUGUUUGAUGCUCCUCAGCCACCGCAAAGGAAACUAAGUGGUGUACCUCAUAUACCACAGUUGAGUUUUCCACGCAAGAAACCGGCCAACUUGGAAGAGGCCAUUAAUGAAUUGGAAGCAAUUUAUCGUUCUUUGGGACUGACCGAACCAGAACCAGAAGCCAAGAAGGAGCGAGUAGCUACUCCCAAUGAUUUUGAGAAAUAUGCUUUAGCUCAUGCCGAUGAGUAUGAUGACGAAGACUCACCUGCUGGUGAACCAGAUCCAGUACGUGAUGAUGUUGCCUAUCGUAAUAUAAAAUUGGCCAAUUUGCAACAUAAAACAUCGGAAAAACAACCACCAUUUGGUAUCCCAUUGGGACCCAUAGUGCCCGCUGCACAAACUGACUAUUUGCAUGUAACACCGAAACGCAAGGAGCCAGUGGCGUAUGAAACUGCCAAAGCUCCGGAUGUAAUAAAAGAUGAUUUGGCAGUACGGGCUUUACGCAAAGAUCCUGGCGAAAAUAAAGGCAAGUUCCAAUAUCCUUCGGGUAGCUUACUAAAGAAAAAUCGUGCUACACGUACGCAGUCGGCCAAUAUAUAUGCUUUGAUACAGAGAGAUGCAGCCAAACCUUCGGGUGGUGAUUUGCACUCUUAUUUGGAAUUAACUAAAAACCUGGAACGAUCAGGCAGUAUGUCGAAUUUACAUAAAAAUGAAUCGGCUAGUGAUAUACCUACUACUUUGAAACUAUUACAAAGUCUUAGGGAACAGGACAAAGAACAAAAUCAAGUGAAAAAGGUCAAUAUACCUUUUCGACAUCCCAGCCAAGGAGGAGCCAUUUGUCAGCUACCAGAAAAGUUAAACACUCAGGGUCACGACGAGGAAAAGCAGCCCAAACCGAUACCCAUGCCACGUAAAUCUCUUACACCCGAACCGCAAAAUACAGACACCCAUAAAAUGGAGGAAGCUUUGAAUAAGAUAGCUCAAGAUGCUCAAGAGAGCAGCAUAAAAUUGACACAAGAAUUAAAGGAACUAAGAAAAGAGGCGUUGAUUACCGCCUCCAAACCUAAGAAAACCAAUCCCGAGGAAGAAAGAUUAGUCAAGGAGUUACAGGAAAUAGAAAAAGUGUCCCAAGCAGCCAAGAAAUGUGGUGAAAUGCUGUUAGACACCUUGCCCGAUAAUCAUACAAAUGAAGGCGAAGAUAUAGCCAAACCACGUAAACUGCACAAAGAAGAUAAAUUAAUAAAGGCUAUCGAUCAGGUAUCAGAAGCCGCCAAUAAGGUGUGUGAAAAGAUUCUUAAAGACAUAGUAACCACCGAACCACCAGUAGUGGUGCAGGAAGCCGUUCGAGUAACACAAACGCCUACUGAUAGCAAACCAGCAAAAGAGGACAAUCUGGUAAUGCCCACCUUGAUCAAGAAACUAGAUCCCAUUAAUUCGACAAAUAUUGAAGCUAUAGCUAGAAGAUGUAUGCGCCAAUUAAGUGAUUUGGCGGAUGGCCAUGACUAUGACAAUCUUAAUCAAACGGAUAUAGCGGUGGCUACAACGUGUAAUAUGCAACAGGUUACAAAAGACCCAACAACCAAUGAUUUGAACACUUCUAAUCUUACAGAAAUACGUAAACCACCCAGCAGCAACAAACCAAAGCAAAAACAGCAAAUCGAGGAGAUUGAUCAAAUAAUGAAGGAAUGUGAAUAUCAGGCCAAACAACAAGAACAAAAUGCCAAAGUGAAGGCUGUACCGGUAGUGGUAACACAACAUCAACAAGUUGUUAAGGCACCCGGUUCCAGUACCACUGCCUCCUCUUUCUCCUCGUCCAGUGACUGUUUGGCUAAGUCCUCCAGCCCCUCGGGCAGUAGACGUUUCUCGUCGAGUAUUACCUCUUUUAAUCCGUACUCGUCCAGUGAUUAUAUAAAAUCACCCAGUAGUGAUUUUCAUGCACCCAGCACUGAUCCCAUUAAAACCUUCAGCACCACCUCCUACGAUGUACAAUCGACAACCAGUGCUACACCGAAUCUUACCACCAAUAGCACAUUCAGCUAUUCACCUUCACCGCCACCGCUAAAUCUAACGCCCAUCAGCAAUUGCAGUGCCACCAUAGCGUCCAAUACCCAGCGAGGACGUUCUUCUUCGCCAUCUCAAUACAAUUCCUCCGAAGAAUUGGCCAUGAUCUUUGGCAUUGAAGAAAAGUCCAAGUCAGCGAAAAAACUACAAAAUAAUUCAGAAUCCGCUACUGACGUUUCUGUGAAUGACUUAAGUUCAUCAAAUUCAGCCACUGCCAAAACUAGCUGCCAGCAACAACAACAACAACUAACGCAAUUGCAAUCACAACAGGAACCAUCAUCAACAUCUAAACCACAAUCGAGAAAAUUACCCAAACGUUAUCAAGGACAUCAUCCGCACUUUCAUCAUCAUACAGCACCAGCUUACUAUACAGAUCUUCAUCUAAAGAUCCAUACACCCGAAGCUAAAGAUUCGGUUAAUGAAAAUUAUCAAAGUGUCUACCGAACACCAUCAAAACUUAUCAAAGACGAACAUCAAUUUCCGAAAACGACAACAGCUACUCUACCAGCACCACCACUAUCCAUAAGUCCUCAGCAAAAUUUAUCGAAGGAAUUAGAAGAAAAUACUGGAACAUUUUUUCGUGGGGCUUACACUCACAGCGAUCAACAGAGACAACAGAAUCGCAACGAUCCUUCUUUUAUGCCGUCAAACAGAAGAUCGCAGAAACCUAUCAAAGGUAAUAGUAGUUCACCCUCAGAUUUUAUUGUAGACGCAGAUAAUAGUCAUCUACCAUUAGCGGCACCGAUACAGGCGGCCGAUGGUAGUGUAGUUUUUGCUUGUACCAAUUUUAAACCUUGUGUUACAGCCGACGCCGAAUUGCCUCCACAACAGACGGUAACGGGUCGUAGUCGUAAUACUCAGCGUUUUGCAAAUCGUAAACGGGCCGUAAGGGUACGCAGUGAAUCGCGUCCGAUUAGUGCUUUGUAUGAUAUAAUAUGCAAAGAAAAAGGUCUCGAUAUAGCCACCACCACUACAAACGACGAAGAUUCUUCGCCAUCGCUUAGUCACGACGAGGAGAAAGCACCCACCACGAGUAGAUCACGUCGAUCACAUUCACGAUCGGUAUCACGACAAACUAAGACUUCGGUGGUCAGUAGCAAUAAUUCCAAUAUGUCCGGUGGUUUGGCCAAUAAUUCUUCCGGUGGCGAUCACCCUCAGCAGAGAUCAGCUCUGCAACAGAAAAAACGUAACGAUAAAUACUCACCAAAUACUAUUUUUAUCAAUGAUCUCAGCGAUGAUGAUGAAGACGAAAUCCAUCGUUUAGAGGGUGGUUGUUCACGCAAAAACUUCCGCAUGCGUAACUCGCACAAAAAGGGUAAUCUUUGGGAUGAAUUACAACAGACCAAAUCCUCUUCACUACCGCCGGGUCUGGCAAAUCAUAAUAGUCAUGACUCUUUAGUCGACAUAUCAAAAAAGAACAAUAAAGAAACCUUAGUAGGUGUUAAGUCCAGUAGCGGUAGUAAAACUUUGCAAAGUUCUAAUGCUAAUCGUGUAGCACAACCACAAUCGACUUCAUCAAAUCCAUCUUUAUCAUCAAAUACCACCACAUUAAGUGUAGAACCCAUUCACAUGCAUAUGAGUAGUAGUUCGCUACAUGAUCAACCACAUACAGGUGCUGGCACCAACAACACAAACACGACUGCAAUCACCAGCAACCAACAGCUAGAACAAGAUCAGCUGCAGCAACAACAGAAUUCUCUCAAAACUGAUCGUUAUUCUCGUAAACAUAGACGUUUGCGUGACGAUAAACCAAGACGUCAUACUGAUGGUGCCAUAAAACUAUUACCAUCUGAGUUAAAUGAUUUUGAUAGUGAUGAUAUUCAUCAUAGUAAUGAAGAUGAUGAUCAUCAUCAUCUGCUGCAGCAGUAUCAGCGUGAUGAUGGUGUUGUCUAUAGUGAUGAUGAUCAACAUCAUCCUUCACAAUAUCUUGAUUUAAAUGGUGCCGGUCACGAUUUUCAUACUUUAGCUGGUAAUGCCGCUGCAAAUGCUAAAAGAUAUAUAACUCGUUCACAACGUGUACAACAACAACUACAAACAAAUGACUCAAGAUCAACACCAUCCAAUACAGCCCUAUAUGCAAUAACGCAGCAACAGCAACAGGAAAAUUUGAACUCUGAAAUAAGAACAGUUGAAACCAACGGUCAUACGAUUAAAACGAACGGUGAAGAUAAGGAGCAACAACAACAAGAACAAGAAGAAGAAAUGACCAAUAACUCGGGUAAAAAAUCAAAGACAACUGCAAAGACAACAAAAAAUUCAAAAGAAUUAAAAAUAAAUAUUCCACUAACAAGCGACACAACAUCAACAACACCAUCAUCAACUAUUGCAGCAAUACCAGCAGCAGCAGUUGCAGCUGCUGCUCCCGACUCUAAAUGUUCAAGUACUACAGUUCUUAAGCAACGUAAACAAAAUGCAAAUUCUACUAUUACAACAACAAAUUGUACUUCUUCUCCGACUGCGGCUUCAAGUGCAAUUCUAUCACCAUCAUCUAAAUCUCGCAAAUGUCCUCUAUCACCGCUUAUAAUCACAACAAAUGCACCAUUAUUUUCAAACACUUUAUCGUCAUUGUCAUCACCCUCACAGCAAUUGGUGACUUCAGUGCAGUCUCAACCGCAACACUUUGUGAAAUUAUCACCGGCCAGCCCUAUACUGGGUCUGACGCUUUCACCUUUAUCGCCAAAUUCUUCUUCGACGUGUUCCUCGUCAGUGCAUUUAGUGCGUACCACGAAAACCACACGUUUACGUGCCGCCGCACUGGACAAGAAGAAGGACGAAGAGAAACAAUUGCAACAGCAGCAACGUUUUACCUCCCCAACAUCACCUAAACCACAACAACAUCACUCACGUUCUUCACCCUCCAGCAUCUCUUCGGAUAAUCAAAAACUAACCAGUGGCUCAGAAGCAGAACAUCACAAAAUGUCCUCGGCUAAUAGUUCACCCACACAUCGUGGCAACAAAAAGCUGGUACCCUCCGUUUCGGUCUCAAUGAAACAGAAUCUUAGUGAAACCCAUUGCACAGCCUCACGUUCGAAUAGCUUACGCUCGAAUGCCAAUUCACCUAAAUCACCCAAACAGAAAUCACAAAAUAGCAGCACGGAAUGUACGGUAAAAAUUACCGCUUCCCCUAAAGUUAGAACAAAAUCGGCAAAUACCCAAAAAUCAUCACCAUCACACAAUGAAGAUGAUAUCGAUGCUGAUUUUAUGGAAAUUAAUGAUUUACCUGUAAGUCCUUUAGGACCGGAUGACGAGGGUAGUACAGCCACUAGACCACGUUGUUCUACCAUGUAUACCGAUUCGGAUAAAUCGAAAUCAUCACUAAGUAAUGGCGGUCAAAAUAAUGAAAAACUUUUGGAAUUGAGUCCUGUACACAAAAGUAGAACUUCUAAUAGAUCACCUAGACGUAAUGAGGAUCGCGAUAAGUCUUCGAAACGUAAAUCGAAUUUAAAUCGUUCGCAGAAUGAGGAGGCAACACCAGAUGGUGAUGACUCUGCUAUGCGUAGAAGAAGACGCCGUGAAAUGGGCAUGUCACGUCCUUUGGUACCCAAUGAUGAUGCCUCGCUAAAGGCUUUGAUUUCACCACAAAAGACACGUGUGCCAUCACCCACAAAACCAGCCAUACGCAAUGAUUUAUCUUAUCACAUGGAAAUGGCCAGAAGAGGUUUAGAUUUGGCAACUACUUCAGAACGUCGUAGAGCACAAACCGCCAGCCCGAAAAAUAUUAAAGAUAGUCCGUCCCCUAAAUCUUCUUAUCCGCCUUCCAGAAUAAGUAAACGCAGUGAUACUGUGGCCAUAGGUGAAUUGCGCAAGGAACGUUCCUCUGAGGUAAAUCGUAAACUAAAUGAACGUACUCGCACUGGUCUGGAGGAAAUUAUGAAAAUUGUAGAAAAUGUCAGUGAUAGUUGCUCACCAAAUCCUACAAAUGCGAUAGCAGAUUUAACCCAGAGUAUGAAUCGUUUGAGAGCUAGCCAAGAACGUGAGCGUCAAAAUGAAACAGAAUCUCUUAAUUUGCCCUGCAAUAAGGGAGAAGAACAACGCCGACCCUCACCUGUAAAACAUGCAACUUUUGUGCAGGAAGAAUGUAUUUACUAUGAACCCGAUCCUUUAGAACAUAUCGAAAUGUCCAACGGUGAGGCGGAUCAUUUGAAAGGUGGCAUGAUGCGUUCUUUGCGUAUGCUGAAAGCAAAGAGCAUAGAGAGAGAAACGGCUGCUUUUGAACCAGCCAAACUUUCGCCCAUUUUAAGACGUAAAAGUACUGAUUGUCCUCCCAACUCUCUAAAUCAAGGAGCCACCAUAACAGCCACGCCUAACCAUAUCGUUUCAAUACUUAAAAAGAAAGAUCAUCUCUCGGCGGGAGAGUCUAGUUCGGCUUCAAGUAAUGCCUCACCGGUCACCUUUUCAUCAAGUGUCAUGGAUACUCCCUCGAAACAAAAACGAGCUGGUAUACUCAAAAAACGUUCAUCUUUAGAUGAAUCGCGCUACUAUUCACGCUCUCAUUCUCCAGAUGAACGUAGUAUUUUGAUCAAAUCAGCUCGUCGCAAUUCGCUCGAAGAAGUAGCUAAUGGCAGUUCGUCCUCCUCCUCGGCGCAAGGAGCUGGUCAUCAUGGCAUACUAAAACAAAGCAGUUAUGACAGCUCAAAAAGUGAUGGUUGUCCAUCUGCUAGCAGAGAACCUCAGCAACCUCAUAGUAUACUCAAGAAAAAAGACUCUACAUCAACGCCCUCAGAUGGAGCAGAUCAUGCUCCUAAACAUGUAUCGAUCUCUCAAGCUGUGAUUUUAGCUGCAGCCGAACUUUCAGCUGCUGUUGAAACUGGUGAUAAGUUUCCCAAUGAUGACAACUAUACACCUAAUAAUGAAGAGUACGAUAUAAAACCUAUACUUAAACUGGAUUCUUCAGUGGGGGAUGAGUCGGUUAAACCACCUAAACCCAUACUAAAGAAGAAAUCUUCCGGUGAUUCGGAUGAACAUGAAAUAAAACCCAUACUAAAGACUUCCCGCAAGUCAAGUAGGGAGGAAUUUGAAUUUGGUCCUUACUCGGAUAGCGAAAGUCAACAGGAACCCCAAGUUAGGCCUAUACUUAAAACAGACUCACCCUCCAAACGUCGCUCGUUAGGUGAACCCGACACUAGUAACCCACAUCAAGAGAAUGAACAACGUGAGACGUUAUCACCCUUCCUGCUCAAAAGACGUACACGUUCUCUUGAACGUCACGAUCAAGCACCUGUGAUUGAUUUAGCUGCUGCUCUUAAUGCUAUUGCUACCUCACAAGCUCUGCCCACUGAAUUGGUAUCAUCCUUGUCCAACUCGACGGCUGGCUCUAAUAUAUCAGUAGCUGAACGUAUAAAAUCUGUUGAAAAGUUCCUUGCCAAUCAAAGUGGCGUACGAUCAUCGCCGGUUGAAAAUGUAUCGGCAUCAGCUGCAGCUGCUGUUAACACUUCGUGGGAAUCACCGCUACAAAACGAUCCGAAUAGCUCGAAUAAUGCUGCGGGUAGUGUUAAAAUCCUAAAACCCAGUGUCAUAAGACGUGAUCUCUAUAAGGAUAGAUUUAAAACUCAACCUGUGACGAGUGAUGAGAAGAAUUUCUUUAAAAACAACGUGUCUUCUGCCAACGAUACUUUACCUACUGGUUCUGCUUUUAAACCGGCUCAAUCGUUAGAAGGUCUUGGCUUUGCUCAUUUAUCCUCACACGGCAAUCAAUCGCCUAACGCUCCUCCCUCAGCAUUUACCCUAACGCGUUCAUUUACCCAACCGCUCUCUAGUUCGAUAAAUUCACCACCUCAAUCGUCGUCAUCGUUUAAGGCCGGUAUACCAGUUCCUUUACCGCGUAAAUCGCCAGCACGUCUGUCUAGUCUGCUCUGUUCGCAAGACACCGCCAAUUUAACACUUUCGUUUACGGGCGAUUCGGGCUUAUCGUGUAAUAGUAAUAGUGAACGUAUCUUUGAAAUGUCUAGUCUAGAACAAGAUGUUGAUAUGGCUGAAAAUCAAGAGCCAAAAACCCCUUUAAAUAAAGAUUCUUCGGAAUCGUCGGCCUCGUCGGGUGGUGUAGUGCGUACGAAUAGUGUGAGAGCUAGGGCGAAUAUGUUCCAGCAAAUGCAGGAGAAGACGAAUAGUGGCGCGGCCUUGAAUCGGGAGGAACGUACGUCACCGAAAAGAGUACCGCGUCGUUUAUCACCUUCUCCAGCUGUUAAUACGGAUGAACCUAAAACACCAAAUAAUCCUCCUCCAGAUGAUGAAAUCGCGUCAUCAUCUAGCAAACAAAAUCUUAAUCCAAACGAAGCACCACGCCUGGGUGGUAUUUUAAAAUCUAAAUCGGGUUGUGUCGGUUUUAUGCCCAUGGAUUUAAGUAAUGAAUUGAAAAAUCGUCUUAAAUCGUCUAAACAUGCUACCGUUUCGAAUCUAAGUAAAUCGGCUACAACGACAAAUGCCACCUCUUCCUCCUCGUCGUCGUCGUCGUCGGCACAACACAAUGAUGCAGUUAGUUUAGUGCGUAAUCUCACGAAUUUAGGUAAACCUCCGACCCAGUUAAGGGAUCCUUUAAAAAUGGAACCCGAUAUUGCCUCUGCCUCAGAGGGUGAAAGUUCAGGUGGUCGUGAAAUAUCGGAGAUUAUAAAAAAUAGUGCUGUAGCACGUAGGCGUAAAUUUAACGAAGGAAAUCUCAUAGCCAAAAGUAAAAGUCAUUCAUCUAUUGUUGUUCCUCCUCCACCUGGUGGUGUAGCAAUAGGUAUUGGACCACAAUUACCUCCAUUAUCGGGUGGUUUUAUCAAAUUGCGUCAUGUAGGUACAACAUCAGAUCAACAACAAAAAGACUCCGAUCAACAAGAAACAACAAAAGCCUCUGCUACUACAACAAUAAAUCAAUUUGAAACACAACAAACACAAAACUUAACAGAUCAUAAUAAAUUAGAGCAAGAAGAAAUAACAAGACAACCCACAGCUUUGCCAGCAUUUUUACAAGGCGGCCUUAGACGCAGUCAAACGCAAGUCAUGGGUCCCGAUCAACGUUCCAUUUCUAAAACCGGCUCUAUAGCCGAUCGUUUGGCAGCUUUACAAAAAAGUGGUGAAGAUGAUUGGAAACGUCGUAUUUCCAAGCCCGAUAUUGAUGAUAUUAAACGUGAAAAUUUUGUUAAUGAAUCUCUUUCAUUAUCCCACAAUCUCUCUGAUAAGCCUUUAGCACCAUCUCCCUUAAUACCAACUUCUUUGGAGGGUGGCAAAGUCUCUGAUCGUUUGGGUAAAUUGAAAAGUUCUUCGGAAAGUUGGAGAAAUCGUGUUGAACAAUCAGAUGCUGCUAAAUUUACAGUCGCUGGUCGACUUCAAAAGAAGGCCCAAUCACCCGUAGAAUUACAAUUUGAAAGAUCUGCCAAUGAUGCGGCCAAAAAAUGCCCCCUACAAAUUAUACGCAGUGCCAAUCAACCACAAUUGGGUUUGGCUAAAAGUGCCUCCAUGAUGGUUACUACCAAUACGAAUGGUAUUGGUUUGGGUCAAAAAUCUAGUAAUGGUGCUCUCUUUGUACAACGUAGUUUAAGUGUCAAUAAUGAAAAUCCCAAUAGCGCUUCAGAAUCAAAUUCCGCUGCUAGUAAUUCUGAUAGCGAUAAUGAGAAGGAGCGAAAAGAUAAACGUAAUAUUAAUAAUCAGUCAUCUAAUACAACAACAACAACAACUAGUCAGAGUGCACGAGGUGCUCGUGUUGUUAUACCGAAAUUUGAUGAUGAGGAAACAUUCGAGAAAUUCUUUGUAUCAAAGAAAAUACAACAAGAUAAGUCAACACCCGAUGAAGAGGGUAUUGAUAUAGCUGAUUUUGACAAAAUUAAACCCACAGAAAGAUUGGCUGUUAAGCGCUCUAUACAAUUGCCUAAAGGUCGUCGUGCUGCUCGUAAUCCUUUGAGAAAUUUAGCCUCACGCACUGAUAUCACCUCGGAAUAUACAGAAGUUAAAUCGGGCAUAGCCGAAAGGGAAAUGCGUAGAAUUAAGGCGGAAUCAUUUGGUUGCCGUCCCAAUUUAGCUGCCGAAGCUAUUGCCGGCUUAGCAUCGGUGGAAGAUUUUAAGGCAGUAGCUUUAAAAUCCUCUUCGCUGCCACUUAACCAAAUGUGGUUGCCCUAUAAACCACUAAUGUUGCUACAUGUUAAAGGACGUACCCAUGUACAAACCAGACUGGUGGAACCUUCAUACCUCUCCCUCAAUCGCGGAGAUUGUUUCAUAUUGAUAAGUGGCGAUAAGUUGUAUCGUUAUGUUGGUUCCUAUGCCAAUAUAAUUGAGAUAUCGCGCAGCAAAAAAAUCUGUGCCUACAUCUUGGAAAACAAAGACUUGGGAUGUACUGCCACCUCUGAGGUCAUACUAACCGAUGGCAAGUUCAUGAAUGAACGUCAUUGGAAGAUAUUCUGGGAGUUAUUGGGUAAACCAGAAGAAUAUCAAAUACCCGAUAGUGGUCAUGCCGAUGAAGAUGAUCUUUUCGAAGCAAGUCUUAUAGAAACCAAUAAAAUCUAUGAAUUCCAAGAUGAUUCAUUAGUGCCAUAUGAAAAGUACUGGGGUUGUAUACCCAAAAUUGAAAUGUUGGACACCAAAAAAGUAUUAGUUUUUGAUUUCGGUUCUGAAAUGUAUAUAUGGAAUGGCAAGAAUGCGUCUUCAAAUUCCAAGAGGGCCGCCAUUAAACUGGCUCAGGAACAUUAUGAUGAAGGACAAGUGGACUAUUCCAAAUGUUAUAUCAAUCCCAUGCAUUUCUCUAGUAUUGUGGGUUCACGUGACAGUUAUAAAUUUCCCAAACGUUGUGAUAAACGUGGUGAUUGGUGUAUUCUUGGUAAAAUUACUCAAAAUAUGGAGACUUCCUUAUUCAAGGAGAAAUUUGCCGAUUGGCCUGAAGUAGAACGUGAAGAUUUGGAAAAGGACUAUUUAACAAAUAGCGUAAAUUCGGUAAAACCCUUAGAUGGUGCCGCCAUUUUUAAAGGUUCUGCCUAUGAAGAACCCAAUUUAGUAUUGGAACAAUCGAAUUUGGGUCGUGGUAAUUUUUACUAUGACACCGAUAGCAUGCGUCAUUUUGAGAUUAUUUCCAAAUCUUGUGAUAAAUGGAAAAUCAAUGAAUUUAGUUUUGACCAGGCCGAAAAAGCUUCAUAUGGUCAUUUCUAUUCAGCUGAAAGUUAUAUUCUAAAAUGGAUCUAUCAAAUUAAUGUCACAGUGCGUGAGUUAAGUGGUCGUGUUUCCAAUCGCAGCACGGUGGGACGUGAUCGUUGUGUAUACUUCACCUGGCAAGGUAGUGAGGCUUCGGCCAAUGAAAAGGGAGCUGCUGCUCUUUUAACCGUCGAACUGGAUAAGGAAAAGGGAGCUCAAAUGCGUGUAGCCCAAGGUGAUGAAACUACGGUAUUUAUACGUCUUUUCGGUGUUAUGUGUUUGCACAAGGGACGCAAAGAGGAAUGUCUAAAGCGCCGUAAUCAAUGGCGCCUAUACCAAAUUUGUGGCAAUGUAGCUGAAGAGACCCUUAUAAAAGAAGUAGAUUGUCACGGCAAUCAGUUGCGUUCCAGAGCAUCCAUGUUAUUAAUACAUGGUGAAAAGGGUAUCAUAUAUUUAUGGCAUGGUUGUAAAGCUGCACCACACACCCGUGAAGUAGCCAUUAAGGCAGCAGAAAAACUAAAAGAUUCAAAACCUCAAGAUCUCUUUAACACAGAUACAAUCAAUAUUGAAAUUGUUGAAGAACAAAAAGAAUCCAACGAUUUUAAACAGGCUUUAUCAAACGAUCUCUCUCAACCUUUAAAACUCUAUGGCAGUCUCUGUGAAGAGGAUACAAAGAAAUUCUCCUACACUCCCAGAAUGUUCCACUUCUCUAGUACUCAAGGUGUGUUUACAGCCGCCGAAUUGUACUCACCUCUACGUUGUCAAGAUGUUAUAACUCCGUAUCCAUUUACUCAAACACAAUUGUAUAAUGCUCGUCAGCCUACCAUAUUUAUGAUAGACGAUGGUGAUUUAUUGUGGCUAUGGAUGGGCUGGUGGCCUUUGGAGGAUAUUAAAAUUAAUACAGAAGAACGUGGUAGUCCCACUAAUGAAAAUCGAGCUGGUGUAAAUCGCUGGAUAUCCGAACGCCGAGCUGCCUUAGAAACUGCAGUCUCGUAUUGGAGAGCAAAGUUCGGUGACAAUGAAGAAAAACAAUUCCAUGGCAUUAAAGGCUACGUAGUGUGGGCCGGCUUAGAAUCUACCAACUUUAAGGCUCUCUUCCCCGAAUGGUCCGUAAGAGAAGAUGUUAAAGAAAUUAAUUUACAAGAUGGUCGCACUGAUGAACCUUUGCCCAUUGUCGAUGUCUUACAGCAAUUAACCCAAACUGAAUAUCCCUUGGAUGUGCUUAAAGAAAGACCCUUACCCGAAGGCGUCGAUCCAACACGUUUAGAAUUGUAUCUAAAUGAUGAAGACUUUGUUAAAGCUUUAGGUAUAACACGCACAGAGUUCGAACAAAUGCCAUUGUGGAAACAAACCAAUUUGAAGAAAGAGAAAGGUCUUUUCUAAAUGAAUACAAAUGAAGGAAUUGAAAUUUAAACGCACAUUAGGCUGAAACAUUUUUUUUUCAUAUAACUUAUAAAACAACAACUGAUAUACAUAUAAAAAAACAACUCAUAUCCUUUUGAUAUGAGUUGUUUACCAAAAAAAAAAUUGCAAUCAUUUUUUUAUAUAAAAACAAGGCCUUAACACAUAAUUCUUUAUAAUAAUAUAGACAUUUUUUAACACGCUUUACAAUCUUUUCAAAUCUAAAAUGCAAUUCAAACUUUAUACAUUAUGAAGAAAAUAAUUCAUAUAACAACAAAUUAUUUUUUUUUUUUUUCAAAUUAAACAUACCACCAUUUAACAUAUUCAUAACACUUUAUACAUAUUAU